UUGAUACGUAUUGGUUGAAAUAAUAUUUUUGGAUUUUCAAUAGUUAUAAAUAAAAGUUGUAUAAAAUUGUCAUUAAAAACAAAAAUAAAAUAUAUUGAAAAUUUUCAUGAUCUCAUUGCAUAUUUAUUGCAGUAUUGUACAUUUCUUCAAAAUACUUAUUCAUUACAACUAUAUUACACCUAAUUGUCAAAGCAUUUUAAUAAUGAUCAGUAAAAUGUUACCAAGUAAAUUAUGUUUUAUUUUUUAUUUAUUAUUAAUCUUGAUUAUUUCCAAUCAAGUAAAUUCAGAAUGGAACACUAAAGAUUACAUGAAACGCGAACAUUCAUUAUUAAAACCAUACCAAGGUUCUGGUAUUACAGUACCUAAUUGGGAUUUCAUGGGAUCCACUAUAGUAACUGAUAAAUAUAUUAAAUUAACACCUGAUCUACAAAGCAAAUCUGGCUCAAUUUGGAAUUCUAUACCUUGUCAUAUAAACAACUGGGAACUGCAAGUUCAAUUUCGUAUACAUGGUAAAGGCAAAGAAAGUUUACAUGGUGAUGGAAUGGCAAUUUGGUAUACUCGUGAAAGAAUGAAAAAUGGGCCUGUAUUUGGUAACAUGGAUUUCUUUGAAGGACUUGCUGUUAUAAUUGAUACUUAUAGCAAUCAUAAUGGAGAACAUAAUCAUCAGCAUCCAUAUAUUUCAUCUAUGAUUAAUAAUGGCUCACUACAUUAUGACCAUGAUAGAGAUGGUACACACACAGAAUUAGCUGGUUGUGAAGUUAAAGCAAGAAAUUUACCAACUGAGACACACAUAGCAAUUAGAUAUGCAGGCGGGGUUUUAAGUGUUUUGACCGAUUUAGAAGAUAAAGCAGUUUGGAAGCCUUGUUUUUCUGUAGAUGGAGUCGAGUUGCCUACAGGUUAUUAUUUUGGAUUUUCAGCAGCAACCGGAGACUUAUCUGACAAUCAUGAAAUACUAGCAGUUCGUCUAUAUGAAGUUGAUUCAGAUAAUUCUGUUGAUGGACAUAAAGACCGUUCAAAAAUAAUACCAUCUGCUAAAAAAUUUGCUGCCCCUAGAGAACACAUCGAAGACCAUAAAAAUCAAGGGUGGAGUGGCUUAAAAAUAUUUUUUGUUAUAGUAUUUUCUAUCAUUGGAAUUGCAGCAUUAAUUGUUGGAGGAGUGUGGUAUUGGGAAUAUCAACAAACUCAAUCACACAAAAGAUUUUAUUGAACUACUUUUUAUAUAAUAUUUAUUCAGUUUUGUAAAUAUAAAAUAUAUAAUAUCAUCACAAAAUACUUUUUAAUUAAA